UAUAUUUAUUUAGUCCCUGUCUUCAAAUUUUUUUGGCGGUUUUGUUUACUUUCCAUUCUUUCUGGGAAUUGAUGGUGUUUUUUUUUGGAUUUCUAUUAAAAUAUUUGCAAAUUGCAAGCGACAAAGACCAGUUUAGUGUCUGUGCAUAAUUUAGAUAAGUUUAAGUUAUGGAAGAAAAGACUAAAAUAAAGGAGAGCUCAUUUUGGCAAUCCAUUAAUAUUUUAAUUAAGAAACCACACGUUGUAAAUAAAAGGCUGUGGGGCUCUAAAAUUUUAUGCAAAUUCAGGUUAAAAGUACCGAUAAAUUUUGAAGAAAUACUGGAUCAUGUAAAAUUAAAAAAUGAUAAAGUUUGUCCAGAACUAACUUUAAUGGAACUGAUUACGGAUUGGAAUAUAAGGAUAGAGGAAGAAACUGGAACUGAGAUUGAAAUUAUAUUAGUAGAACUCCUACCUAAAAACUACGGCGAAAAUCAUGCAUUCCAAUUAAUUUGUUUACAAAAGAUUGAAGUAAAAGUUAAAUUUAUUGAUGUUACACCCCUGGAGAAGCUCCAAAACUUGUGUCCGAUGUUUUCAUAUAUAUUUUGUUUGAAAGAUGGAGAAAUUCAUUUAGGAACAGCCCCUGAUGUUUCUGAAAAAUCCAAGCAGUGGUUAGAGGCUACUGUGCUGCCUCAAGUUAUCAAGUGGAGCAAAGCGCCUUUGGGUAACAACACCAACAAAGUUUGUAAUGAAUCAUUAGCCCUGGUGUCACAAGAUAAAUACUAUGAAAAAUACAACCAUCUAAAACUUAAAUAUGGCAAGGAAAUGGUUAAGAUGUGGCCAGAAUGUACAGACCCAACAAAGUUUGUUUAUGAAGAUGUUGCUAUUUCAACAUAUCUGCUACUCCUGUGGGAGGAAGAAAAGGCUCCACAGACCUUCGUGGACAUUGGAUGUGGCAAUGGAUUACUUGUUUAUAUUUUAACUAUGGAAGGACAUAAUGGAUUUGGUGUUGACGUAAGGAAGAGGAAAAUAUGGGAUAUGUAUCCAGCAAAUGUUAAAUUAAAGGAAUUGACAAUAACUCCUACAAAUAUCCACACAAUUUCACAUGGCAAUUGGAUUAUAGGCAAUCAUUCAGAUGAGCUCACACCUUGGAUACCUGUGAUUACUGCUAGAAUGUCAUACAAAUGUAACUUUUUCCUACUGCCUUGUUGUGCUUACAAUUUUGAUGGCACUAAAUAUCAGAGGCAUAAUUCAUCAAAAAGUCAAUACAUGGAAUAUUUGGAGUAUAUUCAAAAGUUAUGUGAGGAAUUUGGGUUUGAAACUAAGAUUGAUAGACUCAAAAUUCCAAGUACAAAGAGGAUAUGCCUUAUUUCUAGAAAAAGGAUAUACAGGGAAGAUGAAUAUGACAAAUAUUGUGAUAUUAUUCAAGAUAUGGUUAAUGAGCAAAUAGGAUUGAGUAAUAGAGAUGCAAUAAAUAAUGAACUAAAGGAUUUUAGAACUAGGGAUACAGUUGAAAAAGUAAGAAACUGUACACAAGUAGAUAAAGGUGUAACUGAAAGUAUAAUUAAGUGUAUUACAAAUUAUUUACUAGAAGAAUGUAAUUUAGAGGUUGACUGGUCAAGAGGGAAAUCAGCGCAAAUAAAUGAACUUGUGGAAUUAAUACCAUCUGAUAUGUUAAAAGCAUUAAAAUCAGAAUGUGGUGGCUUACAAACCCUUCUAAGAAAUAAUCAUCAAAUUUUUGAAGUCCACAAGGGAUGUGUGCAAUUGAGAUUUCCAAGAACAAUAAAUGAAGUGAAAGGAAAUAUAAAUAGUAAGAAAAAUGGAGUUGAUAUAAAAAUGCAAGUGAAAAAAUGCUGGUUCUUUGAUAACCACCCUCAAGGAUGUCCUUUAGACAGGUCUGUGUGUAGCUUUUUACAUGAACAACUCUGAUGUACAGAUGUUAUAACUUAUAUUAUGUACCUAUAUAAAGAAAGAUGAUUAUUAUCAAAUUUUUAUGUAAAUAAAAGUCAUAAUAGUUUU